GGGAGAGCGGAUAUAGUGAAUGCGGGGUCCAGGGAGACCGGAUAUAGUGAAUGCAGGGAGAGCGGAUAUAGUGAAUGCAGGGUUCAGGGAGACCGGAUAUAGUGAAUGCAGGGUCCGGGGAGACCGGAUAUAGUGAAUGCGGGGUCCGGGGAGAGCGGAUAUAGUGAAUGCGGGGUCCGGGGAGAGCGGAUAUAGUGAAUGCGGGGUCCGGGGAGAGCGGAUAUAGUGAAUGCGGGGUCCGGGGAGAGCGGAUAUAGUGAAUGCGGGGUCCGGGAGAGAGCGGAUAUAGUGAAUGCGGGGUCCGGGGAGAGCGGAUAUAGUGAAUGCAGAGUCUGGGGAGAGCGGAUAUAGUGAAUACGGGGUCCGGGGAGA